AUGGGCGGCAAGGUCGGCAAAGCAUGCUGUGCCAUAAGUGGCAGGUCAGAUUACGAGGAUGCGAACCACGUAUUGACGCCGGUCGCCGACAAAGACGGGAGGAGAGAGGAGACCUUGGAGUGGCUGAAUGAGCUCGUUGCACAGCUGUGGCCGAACAUUAAUAAUGCGGUCCAGAAGAUCGUUCAUGAGCAGGUCACACCGCAGCUGCAGGCGAGCCUCCCAAGCUUCUUGAAAGGCACACACUUCAAGACCUUCACGCUUGGAACGAUCACCCCGAAGUUUGGGCCGAUCGAGCUUGUCAGCCGCCAGCACGGGUUGAAGCUCAACCUGAACUUGGACUACGAGUCGGAUGUUGACAUCGAAGUCUCUGCCGUGAUCGCCAGUAUUGGGAUCAAGUCCAUCCGCUUGCGCGGGGAGCUGGUGCUCAGAUUAGAGCCACUGAUCCAUGAAACUCCGGUGGUUGGCGGCAUCACCGUCUUCUUCAACGAUCCGCCAGAGCUGGGCCUGGACUUCACCGGGAUAGCCAACCUGGCAGAUGUGCCCGGCAUUGCAGGCAUAAUCCGCCACCAAAUCAACGCGGCCAUCAGCAGUGCCAUGGUCCUGCCAAAUGUCAUUGCCGUGCCCAUAGCAACACCGGCGCAGGGCGUCGACAUGGCAGAUCUCGUGAAGCCACUGCCCCUGGCCGUCUUGCGCGUGACUGCAGUCCGCGCGAAGGACAUCACAGCCAAAGACUGGCACCUGCUGGGCAAAGCCAGCAGCGACACCUAUGUGAGGGUCUCCUUGGCCAGCGACUCCUGGAACUCGUCUGUGCAGAAGCGAACCUGCAAUCCAGUUUGGGGUGAGGGGGACUUCCACGACUUCAUGGUCUUCGAUCGGGAUCAACGUCUCUGCAUCGAGGUCUACGAUAGUGACUACCUCACCAACUCGGACUUCAUCGGCAAGCCGAAGUGGCCAAUCAAGGCCAGUGAGGCGGUUCGGAAUUCCAGCGUGCCGCUGCCCCUCGUCGAUCCGAAGUCGCCGGAUGAGAAGUGCUGUGGAACGCUGGAGAUGAAGUUUGAGUGGCUGCAGCUGUCUGCAUGGGAUCAAAGCACGGCAGCCAAGGCCAAGGGAACUUUGGUGAAGCUGGGCGUCAACCGGAUGACCUUCCCGCCGUCCUUCGGCAAGUCGGCCGCGGUCUUGGUCAAGCUGGGAGAGCAGGAGAGGACAUCCAAGGUUCACAGGAUCAAAGAGCCCUCGCCUGACGUGGUCUCCGUAGCUGGUGCGCUCGCGCGAGUCGCCAGGCGAUGCAAGGCACAGGGCCUGAAGAUGGAAGCGAUCCAGGAGAUCACGGGCUUGAGCAAGGAAGAGGUGAACGCUGCACUUGCAGACUCAGACAAGAAGGACGGUGCUGCAGCCGCCCUGCGACCAGAGAUCCAGAUGGACGUAGUGUUCUACUUCUCCGUUUAUGAAGAUGAUGCGAAGAAGCUUGACUUCACCGUGACUGCGCUGGAUGAAAAGAUGAAACCCUACGCGACAUUCACCACAUCGGUGGGCGAUGCUGCGGCUGCAAUUGACGCCAAGCCCACGGUGCGAACAUUGAAGCUCAAUGAAGGUGAAGGGCUGCAGGUGGUGAGGGGCGCGCCUGGCAAAGCGUUAAUGUGCCCCCAGAGGGAGGAUUUCACCGGCCGGGUGCAGACUGCAGAAGGUUCAGCCGGAGAUGGACUGAAGACCUCAGCAGCUUCCAUGGAUCUGAAAGGCAAAGAGGGUGUGUCCCAGCGUGUCGGUCGAAAUCUCUUCCUGUGCAUGGGCAUGUCUGAGCGCUUGGAAGGUCCAGGCUUCGUGUCGGAGGAGUGGGCACAUGUCCUGGCCUGGGACCUCUUCGUGGGGCGUUGGAUCUACCUUGAUGGCCUGCGUCGCGGUAUCUUCACCUCGCACUCUGUGCUCUUCUGUAACUUGAUCGGGCCUCCCGGUCUCCUCAUGCAUGCGAUCACCUGCUUCGUUGUCGGGAAGGGCUUGCCAAAGGAAGAGGGCCUGGAGGAAGAAGCUCGCAGCGUGUGGAUGGGACAGCAGGCCUCUGCUGUGCCGGAUGAUUCGCCAAAGGAGCGAAGUCCAGGCGGUUCCUCGUCCUCGAAGGAUUGGUGCAAGGAUGCGACAUCCGACGUACAGAAGCCCAACCGCCACACCGACUUCGUGCGAAUCGUGCCUCCGGCUCGACCGGCACCACGGGCGAGUGGAUUCAGGUGUGGUGAGGCGUUGCCAAAAGGCCCCGAUGUGCUGGUCUCCGAGAUAACGCCAUCUUCAGCAACAAUCUUCUGGUCCAACAACCAGGACGCACGGAAAGUGCAUAUAGACGUAUUGUUGGAGAAGAAAGGUAGCUCUCUUCCCUUUGCCUUCUUCGAGGCCUCCGGGGACGCAGCGUCCUUCGAGCUGCCCGCAGGCAGCCUCCCCAAGUCGGCUGGCCCCUUCAGGGCUCAGGUGGUGCUUGAGAGCGGUCCGGCAGAUCGGCCUCAACUGACUGAGCCCGGCAUGUCCGAGACUUUCUGCACGCCCGCUGAGCCGCCCUCGUCCGUGGUUUGCUUGAGACUCCUGGGCGAACCACGAGCUGACGGGUUCACGGUGGAGUGGCAACCACCUGGAGAUGAUGGUGGCAAUCCUGUCGAAGUUUACGAGGUGCACUUGUUGAACCGUUCGCAGAAGGACGAGGGGGUGCCUGCCGAGAGGGCCCAGGUGCGCCUCGCAAAUGGUAAGAGCACGAUAUUGUGCCACAGCACACAACAGUGCUUCUCCGGGUUGGCGCCGGGUUCAGAUUACACAGUGGAGGUCUGCGCCGUUGCUGCUGGUGUGAGCGGUGCCCCGUCCACGAUCGAGGUCUCAACCGCAUGCGCCGCGCCUGCAGCUCCCUCACAUCUCCGGGCACGGCUGAUGCCAGGAUGGGCCAGGACCAGCCAGGCCUGCAUCUGCAUCGCUGGCGAAGGCCCGGCGAGUCCGGACCUGGAUGUGGUGAAGUUGGAGUUCAUAUCUCCGGCCUCCGACGGGGGACAGCCUGUGCAAGUUUACACGAUCCACGGGGAAGAAGAGCUUUGCGAGGAUGCUCCAGAUGUCGAAGAUGCGACCGAGAGCCUUCCCAAGUCAGGUGUUCCAGCCGGAAGAUUGCUCCAGUGUCAAAGGGCCCAGGACCCACAUGGUUGUGCUUUCUGCGUCGCCAGGGGCCAUCCUCCGAUCCAUCCAGGUCAUGGCAUCUUCCAUGUCCUGGUGUGCAGAGGUCUCCAGGCGCCUCCCUGCCAGACGGAAGCUCCACACACCAAGUAUGGCCCGAACAUUUACGAUGGCAUGCACGCCAUGAUGGCUCUGGGCUCGAGUCAUAGGAUCUGGUUCGUAGCUCAUAGCAAGCUGCGGGCGUGCCAAGAAGGCCAGGAGGCCGUAGCGGGCUGGUCCGCCUGGUAUGUGGGCGCCCGAGAUGUCGGUCCCAGCUGUUGUUUGGGUAAUAGGCUUGCGCCUCUACCCAGGAAAGUCGUCAGAUUUGCCUUGGUGCCCCGUUUCCCUUUGACUGUCAUCCUUUGUCCCUGCUUGAAAGUUCUCGUGGUAGAAAAGAUGUCACGUGGUUUGUCUGCUGGCAAGGAGUUUCUCCGACGCACCUCCCUCAGCCUCAAUUGGUCCCUGGACCAAGCGUUGGAUGUCUUCUUCGCAGAAGGCAACUCUUUCGGUUCUGCCCCGCAAGAGCAUCUGGAUGCAAAGAAGCUGGAUGCGUUCUUCAGGAAGUACGCUUCCACGGAGGAUCAGACGAUUAGACCCGAAGGCAUCGAGGAGCUCUGCACUGAUCUGGGCAUCUCGACCCUUGAUCCUGUGACGUUGGUUCUUGCGUGGCACUGCCGAGCACAGCAGAUGGGUGUCUUCAGCAGGGAGGAGUUUCAGACUGGUAUGCAGCGCCUCGGAUCCGACGAGUUGCCGAAGCUCCGUGCUAAGCUGCCAGAGAUGCGGCAGGCUCUCCAAGAUCGCGGAGCUUGCAAAGAGGUCUAUGCAUUUACGUUUCAGUUCGCUCUAGAUCAAGGCCCGUCAGCGUUGCCUUCCCGUCGAUAUGUGCAUAGAGUUUUGGAAGCUCUUGCUGCCGGCACAUUUCUCGUUGCUCGAGACCUGGAUCGGUUGGGUGGAGCAAAAUGUGAAGAACCACGUGUCGAAAGACGCCUGGCUCCUACAGUUCGCAAGGACACGUGGAUGAUGUUGUUUGACCUGGCGACGCAGGUCAAGCCGGACUUAUCAGACUACGAUCUGCAAAAUGGUGCAUGGCCAGUGAUUCUCGACGAAUUUGUCGACUUUGUGCGCAGCAGUAGAGCGCAGGCUUGA